AUGUUAUUUUUCUUGAUUUUGACGUUACUUCUACAGCUGUCAAUUUCAGGAAGAUACAAAAGACACGUAGAGAACUCAGCCUUGCCACUUUUUUAUAAAGAACCCACUUACAACAUCUCCCGAUGGGUUAAAGUAUUAAAUUUACAGCAGUGUGUCUUCGUCGAAAUAGGAGAAAACUUCUGUGCGGUUUUCGUUGAAGUACGCGCGCGAAAAGUAGAACACGUAGAAGAAUAUUUCUUGGGAGUGUGUGACUUGGAUACGAUUUAUAAAUGGAGACUUUGUUCGGUAGCUCUUGAGAAGAGACGUCCCCGAGAUUGUCGUUUUCGAAAGGAAGGCAUCGAAGUAACCGAUGUUGGAGCAAGGGUUCAUCGAAGACUGUGCGACGUGACAGGACUCUCUUUCCAUGCCGAUCAUUGUAAUUGUAAAGCAACCCUUGGAAACCAGAAAUUACGUCCAGUCGCAGGUUUCCCAACUUGUUUCUUAUCUCCAUUGCCAGAAAGCAUCUGUUUUCCGAAAAAUGUUUGCGGUACUAACAAAUGUUAUGGGACGACAGUUUUAGACCAAGUUCAUUCAAUUCACUGUGAUGAGAAUUGCAUGGAUCACCAACCGUUCUGUGAAGAGCUCGGUAUGAGAUCAUCACUUCCUCCAAAAAUAGAGUCCUACUGGUCAGACUGGCGCAAACCUGACUGCAAUGGACCUUGUCUACCUUCUCAGUUUAAUAUCUUAGAAGCAGAAUGCAUUCAUUCAAGAACGGGUAAGGGGGCUAUAGAUUGCCUUGGUCCAGGAACGAGUUGCUGCCCUGCAGAUAUUGAAAGAUGCAGAUGUAACGUUUUUGUGGAAGAUGCUGUGUUAAAAGUGAUUCGACAAUUUUAUAGAGACAAAGAACCAGAUUUAGCUGAACGUGACACUCAAAUCGAUUAUUAUUUGGAUGACCAGAGGAGCCCCAUCAGUUACUUUCGAGAGUUACAGAGAAACACAAGGGAAAAGUAUCCUGAGGAAUUUGAGAAAUACGCAAAGAACAUGCGAAACUACUUAAAAUUUGAUUCUAAAAACAGAGAUUAUAAGAAAGUAUUUGACAAAAAUUCCAAUCGAAUUAAAAAUUAUUUUCUUACAAAAUUUUUGAGACAUUCAACACAAAUUCCAUUGAACUAUGAAAAUUAUAUAGACGAUACGAUACCUAUAAUGGACUUUACUGGAAUUGGUUCUGUACGAAGAAAAAGAGAAAAAACAGUAGAAGAAUACAGUGAUGAUGACGAUGAUAUAUCCGACGAAGAGUACGAAGACUCUAAUGCAGAAGACGUAGCUAUUGAGAAGGAAGUAGGAGAGAAUACCGAAACCACCGUGUCUACUACCGAAGAUAAAGAAAAAGAAGAAAUUAAAGAAGCAUUAACUACGGAAGACACGAAAUUCACAAAAAAACUCUUCGAAGAAGAUGGUGAAGAUCGCGUUAACAAUUCUAAACUCACUCACCAAAGUUCAUCUGGUGAUGUAGCCAAGUUAAUGAUAUCUAUGAUAGUAAUUCUUUCUGUAUUUCUUACAGAGAUUUAA